AUGGGUAAGGUCUCGUUUGCCGAAGAUACAAAACUGCCCCAGGAUACCCAGAUCGAAGAGGAGCAAACGUCAUCUGUGUUUCCUUACCAAGAUGGCCCCGAGAACAAGUCUUGGGCGGGUGCGCUUCCCUUGAAGCAGGGUCUGUAUGACCCCUCGUUGGAGAAGGAUGCUUGCGGUGUCGGCUUCGCUGCCCAUAUCAAGGGCAAGGCCAGCCACAAGAUUAUCUCCGAUGCUCGUUCGUUGCUGUGCAACAUGACCCAUCGAGGUGCCGUGGGCUCAGACGCACGAGACGGUGACGGUGCAGGUGUAAUGACCUCCAUCCCCCACCGAUUCUUCCUCAAGGAGUUCGGGCGCGACCAGGGCUUCAAGCUGCCUAAGCUUGGCCAGUAUGCCACUGGUAACUUGUUCUUCAAGCCAGACUCCGCGAUCUUGGAGGAGACCAAGACUAUGUUUGAGGAUGUUGCAGACCAGAUGGACCUGAGAGUACUCGGGUGGCGAUUGGUUCCUCGCGACUCUACCCUUCUUGGACCUGCGGCACUAUCACGAGAGCCGAUCAUCCUGCAGCCAUUUGUCGUGCUGAAGACUGCCUACGGCGAGGGCAAGGAGCCGAAGCCGGACUUCGAUGAGAAAUUUGACCCAGCAUACUUCGAGCGACAGCUCUACGUUCUACGCAAACGUUCCACACACGUAAUUGGCCUGCACAACUGGUUCUACAUCUGCUCGCUGAGCAACAAGAACAUCGUAUACAAGGGUCAGCUGUCUCCAGUGCAAGUGUACGAGUACUACUACGAUCUCGUUUCCGUCGACUACGAGGGUCACUUCGCAUUGGUGCACUCUCGGUUCUCGACAAACACAUUCCCCAGUUGGGAUCGUGCACAACCUCUGCGAUGGGCCGCUCAUAACGGUGAAAUCAACACACUCCGAGGAAACAAGAACUGGAUGCGAGCACGUGAGGGUGUCAUGAAGUCUGAACUUUUCGGCGAUGAUCUGGACAUGCUUUACCCCAUCAUCGAGGAUGGUGGUUCUGACUCUGCAGCGUUCGACAAUGUUCUUGAGCUGCUCACCAUCAACGGCGUUCUCUCUCUGCCAGAAGCGGUCAUGCUUAUGGUUCCAGAAGCGUGGCAGGGUAACCACACCAUGGACCCCGCCAAGCAGGCUUUCUACGAGUGGGCAGCCUGCAUGAUGGAGCCCUGGGACGGGCCUGCUCUCUUCACAUUCGCAGACGGACGGUACUGCGGUGCCAACCUUGACCGAAACGGUCUCCGCCCUUGCCGUUACUACGUCACUGAUGACGACCGCAUUGUCUGCGCUUCUGAGGUCGGUACGAUCUCCAUUGAGCCUGAGCGAGUUGUGCAGAAGGGUCGUCUACAGCCCGGUAGGAUGUUGCUCGUCGAUACUGUCGCUGGACGAAUUGUCGACGACGCCGAGUUGAAGAACACGGUGGCACAGCGUAACAACUUCCGCGACUGGGUGGAGAAGAACCUUCUCACCCUACCCAAGAUUGUGAAAGCAGUCAGUGACAAGGGUAUGGAGCUCUCCAGCAAACUGUCCGAGAGCAAAGUUCACGAGGACCCUCGUCUACGAGCAUUUGGCUACUCUCUGGAGCAGAUCAGUUUGCUCCUCGGACCCAUGGCCGCGGAUUCAAAGGAAGCUCUUGGAUCUAUGGGUAACGAUGCCCCUCUGGCUUGCUUAGCCACUCAGCCUCGUCUACUCUACGAGUACUUCCGUCAGCUCUUCGCUCAGGUCACAAACCCUCCGAUUGACCCUAUUCGUGAGGCGAUCGUCAUGUCUUUGGAGGCCUAUGUUGGUCCUCAGGGCAACCUGUUGGAGAUGAAUGAAUUUCAGUGCGGUCGAAUGCUUCUGCCUUCGCCUAUUCUGUCUCUUGAGGAGUUCAAGGCGAUAACCAACACUCACACUCUGUACUCUGACUGGACGGUUAAGACCAUCGACAUCACUUUCGACAAGAGCGAGGGUGUCGAGGGAUACAUCAAUGCUCUCGACCGCAUUUGCGAGGGCGCUGCUGAAGGUGUCAAGGCUGGUGACAACAUCAUCCUGCUCUCUGACAAGGCGACUUCAGCUGACCGAGUUCCCAUCUCUGCAUGCUUGGCCACUGGUAUGGUGCACCACCACCUUGUUCGUAACAAGUGGCGUUCCAACGUUGCGUUGUUUGUCGAGACUGGUGAGGCUCGUGAAGUCCACCACAUGUCUGUCCUUGUCGGAUACGGAGCUGAUGCCAUCUGCCCAUACCUCGCCAUCGAGUGUAUCCUCAAGAUGCACCGCGAAGGGCUCAUUCGCAAGAAACUCAGCCCCGAUCAGCUCAUUGACAACUACAAGCACUCUUGCGAUGGUGGUAUCUUGAAGGUUAUGAGCAAGAUGGGUAUCUCCACCCUUCCUUCGUACAAGGGCGCUCAGAUCUUCGAAGCUCUUGGUCUCGAUGACUCCGUCGUCGACCGCUGCUUUACCGGAACUGCCUCCCGUAUCAAGGGUAUGACCUUUGAGCUGAUCGCACAGGAUGCCUUGGCCCUCCACGAGAACGGUUUCCCAUCCCGAUCCAUCGUUGAGGUUCCUGGUCUGGCUGAGACUGGAGAAUACCACUGGCGUGACGGAGGCGAACCCCACGUCAACGAUCCCACCGCCAUGGCCAACAUCCAGGAUGCCGUCCGCACGAAGAAUGACAAGUCCUACGAGGCUUACUCCCUCGCCGAGUACGAGCGCAUCAAGGACUGCACGCUUCGUGGUCUCCUUGACUUCAACUUUGACGACCGCACACCGAUCCCCAUCGAUCAGGUCGAGCCAUGGACUGACAUCGUGCGUCGCUUCGUCACUGGUGCUAUGUCCUACGGUUCUAUCUCCAUGGAGUCGCACUCAACCCUUGCUGUCGCCAUGAACCGACUUGGCGGUAAGUCCAACACUGGUGAGGGUGGUGAGGAUCCCGAGCGCAGCUUGCGCAUGGACAACGGUGACACAAUGCGCUCUGCCAUCAAGCAGAUUGCUUCUGGACGUUUCGGUGUCACCUCCAACUACUUGGCCGACGCCGACGAACUCCAGAUCAAGAUGGCUCAGGGUGCUAAGCCCGGUGAGGGUGGUGAGCUUCCUGGCCACAAGGUCUCUGGCUCCAUCGCUAAGACCCGCCACUCUACCCCUGGUGUGGGUCUCAUCAGCCCUCCUCCCCAUCACGACAUCUACUCGAUCGAAGAUCUCAAGCAGUUGAUCUACGAUCUGAAGUGCUCCAACCCUCGCGCUCGUGUCUCCGUCAAGCUCGUAUCCGAGACUGGUGUUGGUAUUGUCGCCUCGGGUGUCGCCAAAGCCAAGGCUGACCACAUCCUCAUCUCUGGUCACGAUGGUGGUACCGGUGCUUCUCGAUGGACUGGUAUCAAGUACGCCGGUCUUCCCUGGGAGUUGGGUCUCGCCGAGACUCAUCAGACUCUUGUCCUCAACGAUCUCCGUGGUCGUGUCAUCGUCCAGACUGAUGGUCAGCUCCGAACCGGACGCGAUGUCGCUAUCGCCUGUUUGCUUGGAGCUGAAGAAUGGGGCUUUGCUACGACUCCUCUGAUCGCCAUGGGCUGCAUCAUGAUGCGGAAGUGCCAUCUGAACACCUGCCCAGUCGGCAUCGCCACCCAGGAUCCCGAGCUCAGGAAGAAGUUCUCCGGUACGCCCGAACACGUGAUCAACUUCUUCUACUACAUCGCCAAUGAGCUCCGAGCCAUCAUGGCUAAGCUUGGUUACCGAACCAUCAACGAUAUGGUCGGCCACUGCGAGACCCUCCGCAUUCGGGACGAUCUCCGCACACCCAAGACGGAGAACAUUGACCUGUCUCUCAUCCUGACUCCUGCGCACACCCUCCGACCUGGUGUGGCUACCUUCAACGUCCGCAAGCAGGAUCACCGUCUGCACGUGCGUCUCGACAACAAGCUCAUCGCUGAGUCCGAGCUUGCUCUCGAGAAGGGCCUGCCAGCCCGCAUUGAGUGCGAUGUAGUCAACACCGAUCGUGCUCUCGGCGCUACCCUCUCUUACCACAUCAGCAAGCGCUAUGGCGAGGCCGGUCUGCCACAAGACACCAUCCAUGUGAACAUUCGUGGAUCCGCUGGUCAGUCUUUUGGUGCCUUCCUUGCGCCAGGUGUCACUCUUGAGCUUGAGGGUGAUGCCAACGACUACGUCGGCAAGGGUCUCUCCGGAGGCCGUUUGAUUGUCUACCCACCACGAACUGCCGUAUACCGUGCCGAGGAGAACAUCCUGAUUGGUAACGUUUGCUUGUAUGGAGCCACCAAGGGUACUUGCUACUUCCGCGGUAUCGCUGCUGAGCGUUUCUGUGUUCGUAACUCUGGUGCCACAGCGGUUGUUGAGGGUGUCGGUGACCACGGCUGCGAGUACAUGACUGGUGGUCGUGUCCUGGUUCUCGGUUCUACUGGACGGAACUUUGCUGCUGGUAUGUCCGGUGGUAUUGCCUACGUUCUCGACAUCCACCAGGAUUUCGAGCAGAAAGUCAACCAGGAGAUGGUUGAGCUUUCCGGUAUCGAGGAGCCCGAAGAGAUCGCCUACCUCCGUGGUCUUAUUGAAGAUCAUCACCACUACACUGGCUCCGAGCUCGCCGCGCGCAUCCUGCUUGACUUCACUCGCGCACUCCCACGCUUCGUCAAGGUCAUGCCCGUUGACUACAAGCGCGUGCUUUUGGAGGAGAAGGCGAAGGCGGCUGAGAAGAAGAGGCAGGAGUACCCGCUUCCUAUCCUCGCAGGCAAUCCUGUCCGUUCUGCUCACGAGCAAUCUCGCAAGACUGAGCAUGAACACGAGGCCAAGGAAAAGAAGAAGAGUGACUUGCUCGACAUUGAGGAGAGUGUCACUGACGCGAAGGCCGAGAAGAAGAAGGCACUUGUGCUUGACAAGACUCGCGGCUUCAUGAAAUACCAGCGCCGCUCUGAGAAAUACCGCAACCCCAAGACCCGAACUCGUGAUUGGGCGGAGCUGUCUCAGCGUUUGAACGAGGAUGAACUCAAGUACCAGACUGCUCGUUGCAUGGACUGCGGUGUACCCUUUUGUCAGUCUGACACUGGUUGCCCCAUUUCUAACAUUAUACCGAAAUGGAACGAACUGGUCUUUCAGGGUCAAUGGCGCGAUGCGCUAAAUAGGCUGUUAAAAACCAAUAAUUUCCCAGAAUUCACUGGUCGUGUCUGCCCUGCUCCUUGCGAGGGUGCUUGCGUUCUCGGAAUCAACGAGGACCCAGUUGGCAUCAAAUCGAUCGAGUGUGCCAUUAUCGACCGUGGUUUCGAGAUGGGCUGGAUGGUUCCUACGCCACCUAAGCACCGCACCGGCAAGACGGUUGCCAUUAUCGGUGGUGGCCCAGCAGGUCUCGCUUGCUCUGACCAGCUCAACAAGGCUGGCCACACUGUCACCCUCUUCGAGCGAUCCGAUCGUGUUGGUGGGCUGCUCAUGUAUGGUAUUCCCAACAUGAAGCUUGACAAGAAGGUUGUCCAGCGCCGUGUCGAUUUCUUGGCGGCUGAGGGCAUCACUUUCAAGACCGGUGUCGCUGUUGGUGAAGAAGGACAACCUACUCUCGACACUCUUCGCGCAGAGUUUGACGCCGUUGUAUUCGCCACCGGUGCUACUGUCGCUCGUGAUCUGCCGAUCCCCAACCGCAACCUUGAAGGCAUCCACUACGCCAUGCAGUUCUUGCACAAGAACACCAAGUCCCUCCUGGACUCCGAGUUGGCUGAUGACGCAUACAUCUCUGCCAAGGACAAGAAUGUCGUUGUCAUUGGAGGUGGUGACACCGGUAACGAUUGCAUUGGUACGUCCGUUCGUCACGGUGCCAAGUCGGUCGUCAACUUCGAGUUGCUGCCCCAGCCCCCAGCAGAACGUGCUCGCGACAACCCAUGGCCUCAGUGGCCCCGUAUCUUCCGCACAGAUUACGGCCACUCUGAGGUCAAGACUCACAUGGGCAAGGAUCCGCGUGAGUACUGUGUCAUGUCCAAGGACUUCGUCGACGACGGAGAGGGCAAAGUCAAGGGCAUCAACACCGUCCGUGUUGAGUGGACCAAGUCUGCCUCUGGCGGUUGGGACAUGAAGCACGUUGAGGGCAGCGAGCAGUUCUUCCCUGCUGACCUCGUCCUGCUCUCCAUGGGUUUCUUGGGUCCCGAGCAGCGUGUGAUGAGCGAUGUCGUCGAGCUCGACGGUCGCAAGAACAUCAAGACACCUCCUGGUCACUACAACACCAACCUCCCCGGUGUCUUCGCCGCUGGUGAUUGCCGUCGCGGUCAAUCUCUCAUCGUGUGGGGCAUCAACGAGGGUCGCCAGUGCGCUCGCGAUGUUGACUCUUUCCUCACUGGCGAAGGAACCGCGCUUCCCGUCACUGGUGGCAUCGUCAAGCGCUCGCCGCUGCAGAACAAGGCCAUUGGCUCUUCCAAGGGUCUGAUCACGGCCUCCGCAUAG